UCUAUACACAAAUCUACGCCAAAAAAAAAAAUAAAAAAUACUCCAAUCACUACUAUAAAGUAUAAAACCAAGAAAUCUUGAAAUCCAAAACACCCCAAUCCAUUUUAUCUUAAUAAAAAAAUAUACCUAGUUAAAAUCAACUCAUUUCAAGAUCUACUGUAGUUGGGUUCUGGUGUAUGAUCUUGAAUCUUAUGGGUAUUUGAAAAAAUGGGUUGUCAACAUUGAUGUUUGUUAUGUGAUGGGUUUUGGAUUUAAGAAAUGUUGUUUGUUGUGGAGAUUUAGUGUGUUUUAUGGUACUUGAGUUGAUUAGCUGAUUUGGGUUGAUUUAAAAAAAUUGAUUUUUAUUUUUUAUUAUUGGAUUGUUUGUGUUGGUUUUUGAUUUGAGGUUUUGGAGGAGAUGAUGUUUUGGAGGGAAAGGGAAAGGGAGACUAGAGAAGUGAAUGGUGGUCCACCUUGUGGACAAGUCAGGGUUCUUGUUGUUGGUGAUUCAGGUGUGGGGAAGACCUCUCUCGUUCAUCUGCUUCUCAAUGGUUCUUCCAUCGCUCGCCCUCCUCAAACAAUUGGCUGUACAGUCGGAGUAAAACACACUACUUAUGGAAAUUCUGGUAGCUCCUCAACUAGCAUAAAAGGUGAUGCCGAGAGAGAUUUUUUUAUUGAACUCUGGGAUAUAUCAGGACAUGAUCGUUACAAAGAUUGCCGAUCUCUAUUCUACUCACAAAUUAAUGGUGUUAUCUUUGUAUAUGAUCUAUCUCAAAGAAGGACAAAGACAAGCUUGCAGAAAUGGGCUGUAGAGAUAGCUACAUCAGGGUCAUUUUCGGCUCCUCUAGCUUCAGGAGGUCCUGGUGGUCUCCCUGUUCCUUACAUUGUCAUUGGCAAUAAAGCAGAUAUCGCUUCAAAUGAGGGUGUUAGAGGAAGCAGUGGGAAUCUUGUUGAUAUGGCUCGCCAGUGGGUUGAGAAGCAAGGUCUACUUCCUUCAAGCGAAGAGAUCCCAUUGACUGAGAGUUUUCCUGGUGGUGGAGGUCUUAUUGCGGCCGCUAAGGGAGCAAGAUAUGACAAAGAAGCUGUCAUGAAGUUUUUCCGCAUGUUAAUCAGGAGGAGAUAUUUCUCAGAUGAUCUACCUAGUAAUCAUUGGUCUUCCCCAGUUCAGAAACCACUACAGGGAUCGAGCGAAAUUUCAAAUGAUGAUGAUCACUUGUAUAAAAGUAAAAGUUCAAGUUAUAUCGGUGACUCUUACAAGUAUAAUGCACUCCCUCCUUUACCAGCUCAACGCAAUCUCACACCGCCUCCCACGCUUUACCCACAGCAACCCAUGUCCACACCUGACAAUUAUAGCAUCCCCAGAUUUGCCAGCACACAAGAUAUCAACAGUGCGAGGUUUAAGCGUUCUGAUAUUAACGUCUGAUGAUCUUUCUUAUUUUUCUCUUUUUAAUUUUUUUCCUUCAUGUAAUGGUACACUUUUUCAGGACAUAAUAGCUAGCUCUGUGAAAAGCUUGUCUUGUAAAAUGUUCCAAUUCAUUCUUUUGACUCAUUGUGAUGUUCUUGAAAUUGUAGGGUAAAGUUGAAAGGCUUAUAAUACAAAGAUCUUUGA